CUUGAACUGCCAAACUUCCUUUGUUGACAUUCGAGAUCCGGCCAAUGAUUUAAUACAUAAAACGAUGAUAAAAGGGAAUUUUUCAUCCGCAUUUGGCUAAAAUAUUGCAAGAUUUAGUCAAGAUGGACUGGGAAAGGAAAUUUACUUCAAUCAUAAACGAUACAAAAGCAAAUCUUUCGAAAGUAAAGAACAAGUAUGAUACAAAUGGAGUGAAGAAUGUGACUUGGGCUCCAAAAUAUUACUCAACUCCUAUGAAAAGAAGUACUUCAAUGCUGGAGAUACCUGUUGGAUCACCUACUAUGUACAACCAGAGUUUUCCUGCUGACUUCUACACCAGCACUACAACCAGCUCUGUCAUGCCUUAUCCUUCCACACAGACUCUUCUAGAUAAAAUAGAACAGCAAAAUAAUGCUAUAGACCAGUUGAGAGGCAUUGUACAUAGACUAGAGACGGACAGACAUAACUACAAGGAACAAAUCAGAGAUCUCAGAAAUGAAAUAUUUCAGCUUACAGAGCGGACAGGAGACAGACGUCCUGACCCAAGUGUUGAGCGUCGCAUUGAACAAUUGAGAAGGGAAAUGUUAGGAGAAGUGCAGUUGUUGCAAAGUCAGUUGCAAAUCAGCUCGGCCAAGGGAAGUAACUCCCAGCUCUCAGACACACAGUUACUGUCCAUGAAUAGAGAUGUUUUAGAAAUUAAACAUGUCUUCAGAGACGAGCUUGAAGGUUUCAGGCGAGAUAUAGAAAUAGUGAGAUCCAGAAUAGCUAAAGUUGAGCUAGAACUUGCCAGUGUUUUAUCAGGGAGACGGGAAGUGGAACGUCGUCAGGAUGGUUUUGACAGGACGCUGAAUUCCUUAUCACUUACUCAAAAGAAAAGUCAGAUACCAUCAUCAACUCUGUCAUUGAUGAACACAAACAGGCAGCUAGAGAAAAUGCAGAUCAAUGAACUCAGGACAACUUUAAGUGCCUUAAAAGAUAAGAUAGACAUACUAGAACAAUCUUCUACUCCUCUUACCAGUCCUGCAAGGUCUUCACCUACAGCAAGGUCAGCAUUAUUUACAAAUGGAUUACCGCCCAGUAUAAAGCCCUAUGAAAAUGGUAUUUUAGAUGAUAUAGACCUAUCUGAUGGAGCAAGUUCUGAAAGUUCUGACUUUACAGAAUUUGAACCUGGUACAGCUAAAGAUAAGAAGUUUACAAAACAAGACGAUAUUGAUGGUUUGGACUCAGAUGACCUUGAUAUGGAUGACCUUGACCUUAGUGAUGAUGACCUUUCCCAGAUAUCUCUUAAUGAUCCACAUGGACAUGAAGAUCUUACGUGACAAAAAUAUUUUUUAGAAGUCCCAUCAAAAGAUUUUCCCCAUAGUCAUUAGGAAGAUGUUUGAAUAUCAGUACUUCAGAUGUGUGAAUAUCAGUACCUAGAUACGUGAAUAUCAGUACUUCAGGUGUUUGAAUAUCAGUACUUUAGAUGUGUGAAUAUCAGUACUUUAGAUGUGUGAAUAUCAGUAUUUGAGAUGUGUAUAACAAGUUACUAUAGAUGUGUAAGUGUUGUCAAUGUUGUGUUUUCUGAAGUCUUCUGAAACAUUUAGACAUGAAUGCAAUAAGUAUCAAUUAUCAUGUAUACAAAAUGUAAAAGUUGUUUAGUACAGAAACUAACAUUUUCAUCAGAUCAGUUUAAUUAAAGGGUAUGCUAGUAUUUCUAUAUGAAAUGUGUUCCAUUUUUAGCUCACAUGUCACAAAGUGACAAGGUGAGCUUUUGUGAUUGCGCAGCAUCCGUUGUGCGUGCGUGCGUAAACUUUUGCUUGUGACCACUCUAGAGGUCACAUAUUUUAUGGGAUCUUUAUGAAAGAUGGUCAGAAUGUUCAUCUUGAUGAUAUCUAGAUCAAGUUUGAAACUGGGUCACGUGCGGUCCAAAACUAGGUCAGUAGGUCUAAAAAUAGAAAAACCUUGUGACCUCUCUAGAGGCCAUACUUUUCAAUGGAUCUUCAUGAAAGUUAAUCAGAAUGUUUACUUUGAUGAUAUCUAGGUCAAGUUUGAAACUAGGUCACGUGCCUUCAAAAACUAGGUCAGUAGGUCAAAUAAUAAUAAAAACCUUGUGACCUCUCCUGAGGCCGUAUUUUUCAUGGGAUCUGUAUGAAAAUUGGUCAGAAUGUUCAUCUUGAUGAUAUCUAGGUCAAGUUUGAAACUGGGUUAACUGCGGUCAAAAACUAGGUCAGUAGGUCUAAAAAUAGAAAAACCUUGUGACCUCUCUAGAGGCCAUACUUUUGAAUGGAUCUUCAUGAAAAUUGGUCAGAAUGUUCAUCUUGAUGAUAUCUAGGUCAAUUUUGAAACUGGGUCACAUGCCUUCAAAAACUAGGUCAGUAGGUCAAAUAAUAGAAAAACCUUGUGACUUCUCUAGAGGCCAUAUUUUUCAUGGGAUUUGUAUGAAAGUUGGUCUGAAUGUUCAUCUUGAUGAUAUCUAGGUCAAGUUUGAAACUGGGUCAACUGUGGUCAAAAACUAGGUCAGUAGGUCUAAAAAUAGAAAAACCUUUUGACCUCUCUGAGGCCAUAUUUUUUUAAUGGAUCUUCAGAAAAAUUUGUCUGAAUGUUCACCUUGAUGUUAUCUAGGUAAAAUUUGAAACUGGGUCACAUGUAGUCAAAAACUAGGUCAGUAGGUAUAAAAAUAGAAAAACCUUGUGACCUCUCUAGAGGCCAUAUUUUUCAUGAGAUCUUCAUGAAAAUUGGUGAGAAUGUUCACCUUGAUGAUAUCUAGGUCAAGUUUGAAACUGGGUCACGUGCCUUCAAAAACUAGGUCAUUAGGUCAAAUUAUAGAAAAACCUUGUGACCUCUCGAGGCCGUAUUUUUUAAUGGAUCUUCAUGAAAAUUGGUCAGAAUUUUUAUCUUGAUGAUAUCUAGGUAAAGUUUAAAACUGGGACACAGCUCAAAAACUAGGUCACUAUGUCAAAUUAUAGAAAAAACGACUUCAUACUCAGUUCAAAACUGGGUCAUGUGGGGAGAGGUGAGCGAUUCAGGACCAUCAUGGUCCUCUUGUUUUAUUUAAUGAACUUUGAUGAUUUUAUUACCAUUGGUAAUUUUUCCAGAAAGGUAUUUAGAACAGGAGCAUUAAGAUUAUAAAAGAGGUUUUAAUCUUGUGACAAGGUGUAUUUGUUUUGUAUACAUUUUUUGAGUAUAAAACAAUUUGACAGUGUUGUUUUUAAAAGAGAUAUUUUGCCCAAUCUUGCUAGCUCUCAUACUGUGGAACUAUUUUGUGGAGCAAUCAAUUGUAAGAGUGUAGCAGUUAUUACUGUUGAUGUAUAGCUCUAUAUUAGCACAAGAGCUUUAACCCAAUAGCCAAUAUGAAUCAACUGUGCCAUUAUGGCCAGAAGUGAACCACAGCUGUUGAUAAACCUAUUUAGCUUACCCGAGUAUGUAGUGCUCAUGGUGAGAUUUUAGGAUCAUAUAAUUUUGUUGUUCAUGCAGAAUUCUGGUUGCCAUGGCAACCAAAAAGGAAAAACAAGUUUUUUGUCCUCAGAAAACUCUGGCCCAAUUUUGAAAUGAUUUCACAAAUGGUGCUUGCUUACUCACUUCCACCAUAAAAUAUUAAUAAUAAUAAUAACCUUCAAAUAAUGUUUCUUAAAAAACAUGGCCAUCAAUGGGCAGAGCUAUGUGGAAUCUUUUUUGAAACCAUUUUAGUUUCACAGCAAUGUUCCCAAGGGGACAUUAUAAAUUCCUUCAAAUCAUGCCAUUUCCUCAAAAAAUAUGGCCAGGACGGUGGGGCUAGUUUUUCCUAUAUGGCUAAACUUUAAAAAUUUCUUUUAAUGUCUUCAACAUACUGAUAAGUAUCAAUGGCAUUGCUUUUUCAUUUUUCAUGCCAUCCUUGUCUAAAGCUGUACUAGAAAUAUUGAUACUAGGUUUUACUUUCUCAAAAGCUUAAUAAAAAUGUUAGAAAAUUCAGUGACUUUUAGUGAUGGUGUAUCAUGCAUAUUUUUGGGGGCGUAACUUGGUUUUAGGUUCAAAACUUAAUUUUUAUGAACAUAACCAAUCACUGGACGUAUACUUGCUUUCUAUUCAUAGCUACUCUUUAAAGUUAAUGUAUUCAAGAUACACAUUAUACACAGCAUUAGCCUAUAAGUUUUUGGUAAGAAAUGCGCAUAACUACCAAUACCUUACUGUUGAUGUUUGUGAGUGUGACUGAGAGGACUUAAAUUAGAUAUAGAUUAUUUAACAAGCAGCUGUGAUAUCUAUUUAUAUUAUAUUUAUAACAACAAUAUUAAUAUGUUAUUUGCCAGAAGCAUCAGGUUGUGUAUUAUGUGUAGUCUAGUUGAUAUACCGUGUGUGCUAAAAUAAUACAGAUCUUCCCAUGUAUAACUAAUAUGUACCAGGGUGCAGUCAGAAAAGGUUAACAGGACAAAACGUUACAUGUCACAUUUUACUUGUUUAUUAAUGUAAAGUAGAGAAAACUGUUCUUGUCUAAAUUUUCAAAACCAAAGUGCUUUACUGAAGGUGUGGCACCUUUUUGAUAUCCCAGAAUCCAUUAACAUUUAACAAGGGGAGUAUGUUUAUAUAUUUGAAAUUUAACUUCCAAUGCUUUCAUUUACUGAUAAGCAAAAUAUUCCAAUUAAACUGUCAAUAUAAAAUGCAUAUGCUGAUUGAAUCUCGUGUCAGUGAUAACACUUUUGUCUCGUAUUGUAAUGUUUGUUAUAUUGAAUUAUCAAAAUUGAUUUCUGAAUAUAUCUCUGUAAUCAUUUCACUCUUUAAAGUAAGUCAUUCAAAACUGUGAAAAGAUCCUUUUCUGGAAAUUCUUUAUUUUGUUAAUGUUACUGCUAGAGACAUAUCGUUUCUUGGCCUAGCAGUUCUACUUUAAGGCAGUAAACAGUGUUGAAAAAAUUGGACGACCACCACUUGAUUGUUCUGUUUUAAUCAAGAUGUUGUCAUAUGUGUUUCAUGUAAUCACAGUAUUAUUGGUGUUGAUACUUAUAUAUAUAUCUAAUAAACUACUAAAAUGCC